AUGACGGCCGCCGCCCGACUGACCUUCCUGAGUCCACAGGUGCUGCGUGGGAUACGCGUGGCGCCUCGCUCUACAGCUGGCUUUACCAGGCACAGAGGCACCUUUGCACGAAGGAGAGGGAAGGCCAUUGAGCCUCAGCUUCUGAAGGCAGACCCAACUCUGAACCUUAAUACCUCGCAUCCUCUUAUCAGCGACAGCGCUAUUCGUCCUGAGACAUCUACAGCCACAACGACAGCGACAGCGCAAGAGCAAUUGCAGCCCACGCCCGACAGAUCAGUUUCGACCAACGAGACACAACCACAACAACCUAACAAGGAAAACGAGACAACAAAGGAGGAACAGGCCAGAAUGGCUCGUGAAGAGGCUAAACAGAGCGGACCUCUGGAGGCUGUACUACACAUGGAACCACCCGAGGCGAAGACGAAGACGACAAGACCUGGCCCAGCUAUGUCUCCACCACCAUACGUCCACCACUUUGACAGUUACUCGCUCGUGAAGCAUUUGCAGGGUGGGGGCUGGUCGCAGGAGCAGGCUACAACAUCAAUGAAGGCCAUCCGAACGUUGCUCGCGGAGAACUUGGAAAUUGCUCAAUCAACUCUGGUUAGCAAGAGCGACGUUGAAAAUGAAACAUAUCUCUUUACUGCAGCCUGCUCAGAAUUAAGCACCGAGAUAAAAAACAACCGAAGGCUCGAAGAGGAACAACUACGACAGCAACGCACGCACCUGCAGCACGAGGUUGAUAUCCUGGCACAAUCACUGAACCAAGAGCUUCACACAUUGAACGAUAAUGUGCGAGGCUCGUUCAACGAUCGGAAGAUGGCUGUCAGGGAAGAGCAAAAAGUCGUGGAGAGCGCUGUUCAACAAAUCAACUACAAAAUCAGCAGUGUACUUAGUAGCGAUGCAAAGUCUGAGAUUGAGGCCGUGCGCUGGAUUCUCAUCCGUCGCUCUGUCCUGGGCAUACUCUUCAUGGCAGUCCUCACAUUGGGAACCCUGAGAUACGCCACAUACGUGAGCCAUGAGCGACAAAGAGAAGUGAAUCGCAUCCAGAAAGAGGAGGAAGAGAAGAAACGAAACGGUGGAAAACAGGAUCGCACAAUAGAUGCGGAUGCGGCAGCGAUUUUGGCCGCCAACGGAUGA